GCUGGCGACAGAAGCUCCGCCCACCCCGUUGCGCCUGCGCAGACACUGCGGGACGCGGCACCAUGGUCACUACGAGGCUCGCUGCGUCGCUGGGGGUCUGGUCCUCCGCGUGGAGAGCGACAAGAUCAUCCCCUCUGAGUCAUUCUUUGAGGAAGUUGAGUUCUCAAGGAGGAAUGUCUGAACCCAUGAAGCAACCCCUUAGGAAGCCAAAGUUACCAGUUGGUCGUUUUGAUACACCAGAGGACUCGCACUUAGAGAAAGAACCACUGAAAAAAUUUCCAGAUGAUGUUAAUCCGGUUACCAAAGAAAAAGGUGGACCCAGAGGCCCGGAACCUACCCGAUAUGGAGACUGGGAGCGAAAAGGACGCUGCAUUGAUUUUUAAGUCACUCGUUCUUGAACUUAAGAUUCAUUUUCUGAAUAUGUGCAUCUGAAUUACUUAUUUCCAAUUAUUUUCUUGAUACCCUUUAAGUCAUCUAAUUUCCAUUAUAUAUUUGAAGAAAGCAUGCUGCUGUAGAUUAGAAAGGGGAAGGUAUUUUUACAUUAGCACAUUAACUUUAAUUCCAAUGAAUUGGACAUAGAGAGUAUGGCGAGAUCUGCAAGCCUUCACCACACCAAAUGCAACUUCAGCUGCUGUUUAUAAAACGCACAUGUAAAGAGAAUACUUUUUAAA